AUGCUGGCUAAACAAGGGUGGAGAUUGCUUCAUUUCCCUGAUUCUCUUGCUACAAAAGUUCUCUCCUCUAAAUACUAUACUGGUGGCCAGUUCCUAAAGGCUUCAACUUCAAGGCACCCAUCCCUUAUAUGGAGGAGUAUCAUGGCUGCAAAACCUUUGUUGGAAGAAGGAUUAUUCUGGCGUAUUGGUAAUGGUGCAGAAUCUGUGGAACAUGUCUUGUGGGAGUGCGUGGCAGCUAUGGAUGUGUGGUGUAUUUGCUCCUCAAAAUUGCAGAAACAAAGUAAGAACCAGAUUAGCUUCAAGGAUUUGUUGAUGCAAAUGGUUCAGGAUCUCGAAGAUGAAGUUUUAAUGGAAGUAGCUGUGGUGGCAUGGAAAAUAUGGAGAAGAAGAAAUGAUUUGGUUUUUAACCAAACUUUUUCUAGUCCUCAAUUUAUUAUGAGACAAGUUGCUCAGAAAAUUGAAGAUCUUGCUACUCUUUCCUCUCAACAGACAACUAAUCCUGCAACUACUAUCCCUCAGGCUAUCCAAUGGAAUGCUCCCCCUGCUAAUGUGUAUAAAGUCAACUGGGAUUCUGCAGUGGGUGUUGGGACUAUUAUUCGGGAUUGGGAAGGAAGAGUGAUUGCUUGUAUGAGGAUGUGCAGACCUCUAUUUCCUAACCCUUCUUUGGCUGAGGCUUUUGGAGCUUUACAUUCUGUAAAGUUGGCUUUUGACAUUGGACUGAAACAGAUCAAACUUGAAGGGGAUGCAGUGAAUGUAGUAAAUGACAUCAAAGGCAACAAAGCUAGUUGGAAGCAAUCUAGUUUGAUUAUUAGUGAUAUCAAACAAAUGUUGCAGGGUUUUGAUUCAUUUUUAGUUGAUUUUACACCUAGAAGUUGUAAUAGUUUGGCUCAUUACCUAGCUAGAGAUGCACUACACAUCACUGAUGUCCUUGUUGAUAUUGAGGAUGUCCCUUAUUGUAUUGCUUCUCUAUUGUAA